AUGGACCCCCCAAGAGUUAAAGAAAGUCGAACAAUCCCAGAAUUCAUUCAACCUCAUGAUGUAGAAUUCCAGUCAUUCAAUUUCAACAAUACUUUGCACUGGAAGAUUAAGCGAACUCAUGCCAGCCACAAAGCAGUCUACUUCGUACAGUACAAAAUGUAUGGGCAGAACUGGAAGAACAAGGAGGAAUGCUGGGGCAUUCACGAAGAUUUUUGUGACCUGACAAAUGAGACCUCUGCUGUUUGGGAUCCUUAUUAUGGGCGGGUGAGAGCUUCCUUAGCUGGUGUCUCUUCAGGCUGGUCCAUCAGCAGCCGGUUCAACCCCUGGUGGGACACAAAAGUAGGUCCUCCGUCCCACAUCAGAGUGUCACGCAGCAAUGGGCUCAUAUCGGUGACAUUCCAGGCUCCAAAUUCACCUUAUAAAAGUAAAAAUGGAAGCAACAUACCAAUGAGCAACUACCAUAGCCUGUCAUUCCGAGUCUAUCAAACAUCUGUGAUUCAUCACUCAUUGGAAAAGAAAAAGGUGUAUGAAGGGACGGACACAGUCUUUGUCAUAGAUGAUGUGGCGCCAUGGUCCAGCUUCUGUAUCAGGGCUAAAACGCACCUGUCCUUCUUAGACCACAAUAGCCCGGAAAGCAAGGAGACAUGCUCAGCCCCAGUGGAAUGAUAAGGAAGAAAGGCAGCAUUCACAGUGGUUUCAAGCAAUCAGUAUUUUUUAUGGCUUCGAACAUUUCUGGAUGUCGCUACAAAGUUGAAGACAGUGGAUGCAGCAGCCUGGUAGAAUGAAUUGGAUCCAAUUGAAAUGGAAGAUCAACUGGCUUAUAAACGACAGCAUUUCAUUUUAAAUCAAAUCAGUAUUAAAACACUUAACAUUGAAAGGGCAAAGUGUGAUCCUCUACAGAAGGA